UACUUCUCAAGUGUCUACUUAUUUUGACCUUAGAGCUCAGGCACACUGGGUGAUAUAGAUUAGUCCAAUAAUUAGUAUUGAGGGAGGACUGAAGAUCAGACUCUGGUUUUUGACAGUUCCCUGGAGUUGAAGGGAAGGGGAUGGGAUGAGCCUAAGGAGACCGCAGACUCAAUUUUGCUGACAAUUCCAGGCAGUUUUUCUUGGCUGCUUUGGGAGGAGGCAGUUUAUUUUGGUUGUAAUCCAUUGUACCUGGAUUGGAGUGUGUGGAGAAGUGAGUGCUUGUGAACUCUGAACGAGUCCAGCUUUCAUCAGCUCUUUGUGUUGCUGGGCACUGUGAAGGGUGAAAGGGACAGGCCAUGAGUGUUGCAAGGCAAGCGCAGAACUUAAAAAGCUUUCUUGGAAAAGUUUUCCAACCGGUCCUCCCUGCUACCCACCAUGGCCGUCUCCUUCCCGCUCCAGGCUGCAGCUCGUCCUCUGCCAGCUUGCCUAGAGUAGUUAAAAGACGAGUGAAUGCUCUCAAAAACCUACAAGUUAAAUGUGCACAGAUAGAAGCCAAAUUUUAUGAGGAAGUUCAUGAUCUUGAAAGAAAGUAUGCUGUUCUCUAUCAGCCUCUAUUUGAUAAGCGGUUUGAGAUUAUUAAUGCAAUUUAUGAACCUACGGAAGAAGAAUGUGAGUGGAAACCAGAUGAGGAAGAUGAAAUUUCGGAGGAACUGAAAGAAAAGGCCAAGAUUGAAGAUGAGAAAAAGGAUGAAGAAAAAGAAGACCCCAAGGGAAUUCCUGAAUUUUGGUUGACUGUUUUUAAGAAUGUUGACUUGCUCAGUGAUAUGGUUCAGGAACAUGAUGAACCUAUUCUGAAGCACUUGAAAGAUAUUAAAGUGAAGUUCUCAGAUGCUGGCCAACCUAUGAGCUUUGUCUUAGAAUUUCACUUUGAACCCAAUGAAUAUUUCACAAAUGAAGUGCUGACAAAGACAUAUAGGAUGAGGUCAGAGCCAGAUGAUUCUGAUCCCUUUUCUUUUGAUGGACCAGAAAUUAUGGGUUGUACAGGGUGCCAGAUAGACUGGAAAAAAGGAAAGAAUGUCACUUUGAAAACCAUUAAGAAGAAGCAGAAACACAAGGGACGUGGGACAGUUCGUACUGUGACCAAAACAGUUUCCAAUGACUCUUUCUUUAAUUUUUUUGCCCCUCCUGAAGUUCCUGAGAGCGGAGAUCUGGAUGAUGAUGCUGAAGCUAUCCUUGCUGCAGACUUUGAAAUUGGUCACUUUUUACGUGAGCGUAUAAUCCCAAGAUCAGUGUUAUACUUUACUGGAGAAGCUAUUGAAGAUGACGACGACGAUUAUGAUGAAGAAGGUGAAGAAGCGGAUGAGGAAGGGGAAGAAGAAGGAGAUGAGGAAAAUGAUCCAGACUAUGACUCAAAGAAGGAUCAAAAUCCAGCAGAGUGCAAGCAGCAGUGAAGCAGGAUGUAUGUGGCCUUGAGGAUAACCUGCACUGGUCUUCUGCUUCCCUGGAAAGGAUGAAUUUACAUCAUUUGACAAGCCUGUUUCAAGUUUUUUGUUGUUGGUUGUUUGUUUGCUUGCUUUUGUUUUUGCAGCCUAAAAUAAAAAUGUCAAAUAUAAUUUUAGUUCUCACAAAA